AUGUAUAAACACCCUGCUCCCGAAGCUGCUCCUCUAAUUGAUGCGGCGACGAUAAAGGUGCCGCUGUACGACGAGUUGCAGGUGGUCUCGGGGAGCACGUUGAUUUCGCUCAAGUUGAAGAGCGGCGCAGCAGAGGUACGAGGCGAGCCAUUAGUUUUGGCUGAGACGUAUUUACUGUUGCCGUACUCGACGGUGACGUUGGCGGGUGCGUUUCCAGUGGGAUGUGAAUUGGCGGUAGCGGGCACGCCGCAGCAUGCGCGGUUGUUGUCGAAGCCGAAUCACACGCGGAACCUGCAGUUGUUAAACCUGUGUGAGAAGUUGAACAGCCACCGCGUGUGUGCGUACAAGCAGGGGGAACUGGGCCCGGUGGUUGCGGUCUGCAGCACCAGCGCCCUCUGCGAGCCGCGCCACCCGACGCAUCUUUGUGCGCCGACUGAGACGCCACAAAAGGCGGUCAUCAGUGCCGCCAAGAUCCUGCGCAACUACAGCUACCGCUCCGGCUGGCUGCCGCCGCUGCUCAAUCUUGACCGAACCGGCUGCCACAGCGACAUCGAGUUUCUGCAACAGGGCCCUCACAUUCUGCAAGCGCACCUCCCCGACAUCCCCUCCGAGGAGUCGCUGGACCUCGCAAAACUCCUCGAGACCUCCGCCUCCAGCGAACGGCUUGGGCACCUCGCCGACCUCCCGGCGAGCUCUUCGGAAACGCGCGCGCCGCGCGACGGCGAACAGGCCCGCGCGCGCGCAGUUAGCGUCCUCUCUUCCCUCGGACGCCGCGAAGCCGCCAACGGCCUGCCGGUGAGCGCUUUCAGCGGCGAACGCAGCGACGGCCGUCUUGUCGAGGGAAUCAGCCUCAGUCCCUGGGAGGUAGUCGCGAGACCACUGGGCGACAACGGAGACAUCGCCGUCGCCUGCUACUGUCCGCAGACGAGCCACGCCUGCAACUGCGUCCCGCCGCCUCCGCCACCUCCGCCAGGCCCCCCACCGCCGCCGGGGGCGUCGCUCUCGGAGACGCCGCGAUGCGCCAAACACGGCAGUGCACACACGUGUGCUGACUGUUCCUGUAGCGCGCCGAAGAGGUUGUUGGGCCUCGUUGACGCGUACAUGGAGCGCAAGCCGCGUGCGCGGGCGGCAGGCGCCAUUCUGGUGGUGGGGGACGUGGGCGCGGGUUUCCUUGCGGAGUUGCAGAAACUAGACUGCGUGGUACUCUGCAACGCCGACCCGCCGCCGAGCUGCGUACCCGUAAUCGACCCCGUGGCCGCGCUCCGGCGUCGGCUGGGCGCCGUGCCCGUCACGCUCCUGCCUCAUGCUAACGAAGGGCCCUACGUCCCGGACCCGCAGUUCUUGCGCCAGCAACGUCUGCGUCAGGUGUUUUGCAACCCUGACCCCGCCCUCGUUCUCCCCAAACUCGUCCGCGGCCGCGUCCAGAGCUACCUCCUUGAAGCCAAAGACCACUACCCCCUCAACUCCAUCAAUGACCUCCUCCCCUCCCGCCUUCUCUUCAGCCCACUCCCCCUUCACAAAUACGCACCGUACGACGUCCAGUUGUUCAACCAAAUCUUAGCCAGCCAUUCCAAAGAAGUCAUUACCGAUCUCGACGACUUUGCACGACGAAGAGUACCUACCAACCCCGUCAAGCAACGCACAUGGGCGGCCUCCAGUGGAGCACCUACGGGGGCACUCAGUGGAGCACCUACGGGGGCACUCAGUGGAGCACCUACGGGGGCACUCAGUGGAGCACCUACGGGGGCACUCCGUGGAGCACCUACGGGGGUGCUCAGUGGAGCACCUACGGGGGUACUCAGUGGAGCACCUACGGGGGUACUCAGUGGAGCACCUACGGGGGUACUCAGUGGAGCACCUACGGGGGUACUCAGUGGAGUGCCCAACGGAUUCGAUGUAAGGGAGACUGCUACUCCCCCAGCCGGUACCAUGGCUCCUUCGGGUGGCAGUGAGCUUGAUUCGAGUGGCCCGCCAGUGGUGCUCAACGGAUUCGUCCCGCACGCGAGAGAGUCAACUAUUCUCUCCAGUGCCUUCGUCAAAGGCGAGAAGGUUUUUUGCCGUCAGAACGUGGACGCCGGAAGUAGUCUUAUUCUGAUCAGCCGUACCACUUAA